CUCCGUUGCCGAUCACGGGACUAGUGCAAGUUUCGGUCGUGGUUUCGGUUUCCUUCGGUCAAUUGUUUCUCACAAAGACUUUUAUCUUUAUUGCUACCGCUACGAGCUAGUCGUGUUUUUUGCAGGAGCUAACGAUGGCAGUUUUGUUGAGAGACAUGAGACGUCGCAGUUUACGGAUCUUGUUACGGCUGCCAGUUGAUGCUUCCGAAAGAUACAAAAAUGGAAGUUACAUCGCAAAGUUGAAGCACACGUCUACUGGUCCCUUGGCUGGCAUCCGAAUACUGGACUUAACUCGAAUAUUAGCGGGACCCUUCUGUUCAAUGAUUCUUGGUGAUAUGGGAGCAGAAGUCAUCAAAAUCGAAAAGCCAGGUUCUGGAGACGAAACCAGAAAUUGGGGUCCCCCUUUCAUUGGGGAUCAGAGCUGUUACUUUCUAGCAAUUAAUAGAAACAAAAAGGGAAUAGCAGUGGACUUGAAGCGUCCUGAAGGCGUCGAUGUUGUAAAAAAGCUAGCCGAGACGUGCGAUGUCUUCGUUGAGAACUACAUGCCUGGCAAGUUAGACUCCCUCGGGCUCGGCUACGAAGAUAUCAAAGCUGUGGCUCCAAACGUGGUGUACUGCUCAAUAUCUGGCUACGGCUCUAAGGGACGCUACAAGGACAGAGCUGGAUAUGAUGUCAUCGCGGCGUCCAUGGCUGGAUUACUGCACAUCACUGGGCCAGAAGGUGGCGACCCCUGCAAAGUUGGCGUUGCCAUGACUGACCUUGCAACGGGGCUGUAUGCUCACGGUGCCAUCUUGGCUGCUCUACUGCAGCAGAAACUCACGGGCACGGGGCAGAAAAUAGAAUGCAACCUGUUUUCUUCUCAGGUAUCGCUACUAGUAAAUGUUGCAUCAAAUUACUUGAAUGCCGGGAUUGAAGGCAGCCGUCUUGGAACCAGCCACGAGAGCAUUGUGCCAUACAAUGCGUUUCAAGUCAGCGACGGAUAUCUCACAGUUGGAGCAGCCAGCAACCACCAAUUUGCUGUCCUAUGUAAAGUUUUAGACCUCACGGAACUGCUGUCAGACAGCUGCUUCAAAGAUAACGAAAGCAGAGUGAAGAACAGAAAAAAACUCACAAACAUUCUGCAGGCAAGAUUCAAGACAAAGACAACUUCGGAAUGGCUCGAGCUCUUUGAAGGCUGCGGAAUUCCGUACGGACCGAUUAACAGCAUUGAGCAGGUCUUCAAUGAACCCUUGGCUCAAGACAUGGUCGUGAAGCUUCAGCACAAGACGGCCGGGGAGAUAUCGCUUGUGGGUCCAGCAGUGGCAUUUAGCGAUGCUUCCAAUACGGUGAGAUCACCGCCACCUCUUCUAGGUGAACACACCGAUCAGGUGCUGUCUUCCGUUCUCAGCUUGGAUCAAAUACGUGACCUCAGGACCAAGAAAGUGAUACAGUAGGCCUUCCUAAUCUAAUAUCCGAAGGUCGCCACCGACUACCAACAUAGUGCUGUUCUGGAAAAUGUUCCCAGAAGCCUGUGUGUGCAAUGUUUGGAGAGUAAUUUUGUGCAGUCGAAUCUUUGUAACAACAUGAUUGUCAGUCGUGUGCCUUGGAGUGCAUGCUUUGACAAAUAGAAGAACUGCACAAGAGACAGUGCUGUUAUUAAAAUAUUGUAUAUUCUCUUGGAAAUGUUGAAUAAAAAAUAACUUAUACUUU